UGCCCACGAGCAUGGGUGUGUAGGGCAGGCUAAACAUCCGAGAAUACAAAGAAAGAGGCACCAUGGCCGAAAUAUCUCUGUAUCUCACCAACGUGAAUGUGUCUUUGGGCCAAACGAUGGACGUAGAGAAGAGCCCCAGCACAGGGAAGGACUUUGAGAGUGUCGAGCUGGGAGACCUGGAGAAGGGGGAUCAGAAAGAAGAGAAAGCCCCACGAAGGAUCAUCCAUUUCUCUAGCGGAGAAACCAUGGAAGAGUACAGUACAGACGAGGAGGAGGGGGAGGACAAGGAACCAGAGAAGAAGGACCUACUGUCCCCCCCUGUGGAUGCGGUGAGGAACAAGCUGACUUGGGGCCCGUACUUCUGGUUCCAUAUGUGGAGAGCAGCUACCUCCACUGUUUCAGCUUGUGACUACCUCGGGGAGAGGAUGGCCUCGCUCUUUGGAAUCACAUCGGCCAAAUACCAGUACGCCAUCGACGAGUAUUACAGGAUGAGGAAGGAGAAGGAGGAGGAAGAUGAGGACAACCGGUUAUCAGAGGAGGCGGAGCAAUACUUUGUCGAGAAUCAGGACGAGGAGAUCCAUGGACCAAUGACGGAUCAGCCAGAGGGAACCGCUACCACCCCCCACUCCACGGACACCUAUCAGGUUGAGAAAGAGGCCAAGGCCACGCCUACUGCCAUCAGGGUCCCAGCCAUUGUCACGACAACAACCUAACUGACUUCUGGAGAGAUGAUUAUGUGUUGUCCAUAUUUGUUUUGUUUUAAUUUGUCAAGGAGGUGGAGGCGCUCUGUGGUCUGUCUCUCUGAUAGUGCUGAACGAUUAACCGAAAUUUCUCUAGAGAUAAAUCAGAUCCAGACUGAACUGUGCGAUGUAGUACGGCGUUGUAGUUUCCAACAGGCCAAUAUUCUACAUAGUUUAGCAUGUAAAACGUGGUAAUUAACUAUAAUACCCAUAAUCCAUUUCGCAUCUGCUUGUCCGGUCUGUUUCUUUUACUGCUUCUACAGAAGAGAGAAGAAUGCGAGAUUGUGAGGUGAUAUAGAGAGCAGCUGUUGCUUCGCGAGGUAUCUCUACCUGAAAAUACAUGAUCUAAGUGAUUGAUAUUGGUAGAAAUCACUUGGUAUUCAGCCGUCAAACGUAUGCCUUAUUUACUUUUUAAGAACAACUUAAAUAGUGAUUUUGUCAGGCAGCAGCUCUAUAGAUAUGAUGACUUGGAAUUGAAUAUAAAUGAAUCAAAUAAAACAAAUGUAAUAUACACAACUGAAAUAUUUGAAUAAAGUAAUGUGAAUAAAUUAUGGUUAAUAAGUGAUGGGCAGUCACUACCAUCAUGGGACUUUUAUUAAUAGUUUUAUUCUGUGUUACAGCAUUCAACCCACAUAAUGCAUAUUGCAUUUUAUGUUUGCAAAAAUGAUUGAAACCGAAAUUGAAAACCAUGAUUAUUUUUUAAAUAUCGAACCGAAACAGAACCGACCUGUAAAAACACUAAUCGCUCAGCACUACUCUCUGAGCUCACAUUUGGUUGUGGAUAUGAAGGAGCCAUCUAUAAACCUGGGAGUCAGACCUGCUACUGCUUUAGCCCACGCCUCUGUCAUGCCAUUAAUACCAGACUACAAAGAACUAUGACAACAAACAGCAAAAGACAAUGACAGAGUAGCGACAAAGAAGUUUGUUUGAGUCGGUUGAAGCAGAAGCUGAUCCGACUACAGGGCUAGCCUUCAGUGGGCAGUGCAGUGCCACUGUCCUUUCUGUAAUCCUAUAGUACAGGCACAGUGUGGUACGGUAGUAGUACUGUAUCGUUUAACUAUGUGUCUCCAGUGGCCUUACCCCUAACUGGAGGCUGGUCCUAACAUUCCAACCUUGUGUCUAUCUAUCUGGUGCCUCUGAAGGGCUGUGUUCUUUUUAGCCUAAACCACAGAGCCAAGUAGUAGCCUAAACCUUAAUGCACUCGAACACAGGAAGCCUUCCUCCUUUAUACACUACUACUAGCAUGUCACUCGUUUUAAUUUAGACAACAUUUGUUUAAAUACUUGGUUGAGCACUGACCUAAACAUGGUGUGUUGUUUCUCUGUGUAGCAUUACUGGCUUGUGGUCACUUGGUGACUUGUAAUUUGGAACAUCUUUUCAGGCUAUUGGUGUAGCUGAGAUUUUGUAAAGGGAGUAUAAUCUAUGUCAUAUUUGUUUUUACUAGUCCAUUGGCCUAAUGCACAGUUGCCCUUGUUGUAAAGGAACUUAUGUUAAACAUUCUUUUGAUAUUCACAUAUUUAUUAUUAUUUUUGUAUUUUCUGAGCACUUUUUUACAACCUACUUUAUGUAACAACACCUUGAUAAACUGUUAAUAAAUAUACUUAACUAUGCUUUAA